AUGAGAACUGGAGCAGAUUGGAUAGUAGGUGGACGGGAAUCUGCUUUACCAGGUACAGGAAACAAUGGUAGCUCAAAUGGUUGCGGUGGAGGUGGUAUUUUCCUAGCCCCUGUGAUACUAGGCGGCAGUGAUGGUGGUUUAGGUAGUUCAAAUGGCUUUGGAGGAGAUGGGAGUGGAGGCCUAGAUGGUCUGUGUGAGGGACUUGAAAGUGGAGGUGAUAAAGAUGGAGGAAAAGGGAAGGGAGGAGGAGGAGGAGGAGGAGGAGGAGGAGGAGGAGGAGGAGAUGGUAGAAGAAUUGGUGUUGAUGGCAGUGGAGGCAGUGGUGGUGGUGGUGGUGGUGGUGGUACUGAUGGUAACUCAAAAGGUGGUGGUGGUGGUGGUGGUGGUGGUGGUGGUGGUGGUGGAGGUGCUGGCAGGAUGGUUACUGGUGGUAACACUUUACUUGGUUUCAUCAAUGACGGUUUUUGUGGAAAAACAGAUAGGGAGGGUGGUUGUAGUGGAGAUGGUUGGGGAAUGGGCAAAGGUUUUGGCAAUGUUUUAACUCCCGGUUUUGGGAGGACAGGUGCAGGAAAAUGUGGCUGUGCUGCACUGGGGCGAAGCUGGGUGGUGGCGCGGGCACCACAACGAUGCCAUGAGUGGGCGGCACUCCUGGGCUGGCAGGCGAGGGGGCAGCACCCAGAGGUCUGCCUGGCACCAGGCCAGGAGGUCCGUACUCCAGCGUCGGUGUCGCUGGCCAACUACCACCCGGCGCCCACAGUGACGCAUACCAUACCUGCGUAUGUUCCAGCCAGCACAGUGAUUUGA